UGUUUUAAUUACAAAAUGUUACAACUGAAUCUGGGUAUAAAUCAUAGCUUGUGCGUUUCAUAUUUAUGCUUUUCAGUUCUGCGCCUGUGAUAGAAACUAACUUAUUGUCUUCGAUUUAAAAAAACUGAUACCAUUUUGCAGGGUUUACGAGUAAGACAUUCGAUGGCGACAAUCUGCUUCGCUCUUGCGACUACGCUGAUGGUACUGAUGGCGUCAUACAGAGGACUUCACGCUCAGAUGAUCACGGAUGCUAAACGUUUGUUAACCAAUUUAAUGCAGAAUUACGACAACAAUUUCCGACCUGUGUUAAACCAGUCGAAACCAGUUGUUGUAUAUACUGGGUUAGAUCUCAUCUCGAUUCAAGAUUUUAACGAAGUCGACGAGAAAAUAUCGUUUACGGCCAUUCUAUUACUUGAAUGGUACGAUGAGCAACUUAUUUGGAAUCCCAAGGAUAAUGGUGGUAUUAAAAGCCUCAAUAUUGACGUCAACAUGAUUUGGACUCCGCAAAUGAUGCUAACAAACAGUGUCGGGAAAAUAGACCGUAUCUCUCAGGAUUGGCAUGCAGUGAGUGUUACUGACUUGGGACGUUGCUUUUAUUAUAUUGGCAACGUGUUUACUUCAUCUUGCGAUGUCGACGUUACUUUUUAUCCAUGGGAUAAACAGACAUGCAGUUUUGAGUUCAUGCCGGCCAAUUACGACACCAGUAAGAUCAAGCUUUCUCCAUCCGAAAGCAACGUGUUGUUGAACCACUACUCUGGGAAUGGCGCAUGGGAUCUCGUUAGUACCGGUGUGAAAACACAACUAGGCGAUUACAUGGUGGUGUUCGAGAUUGAGGUAGAGAGAAAGCCGCGAUUUGUGAUAGUAAAUGUGAUACUUCCACUGAUAUUCAUGUCUGUUUUGAAUAUCAUGGUCUUUUUGAUACCCACUGAGUGCGGAGAGCGCAUCUCCUACUGUCUGACUGUGCUGCUAUCAAUUGCUGUCUUCUUAACACUGGUGGGAGACAACCUCCCGAAGAACUCAAGCCCGAUGUCGCUUUUUAGCUACUAUCUGGUGUCGGUGCUCGUCAUCAGCGUCGCCAUCACGCUCGCUGUCAUAUGCAGCCUGCACUUGUACCACAGAAGUGGCAGGCAACCGGCGGCCGCGUGGAGAGCAAUUGCCGGCUGUCUUGGCUGCGGUUGUGCUCGGCGGACAGCGCCAGGCAGUUCAUACACGACUAAUCGAAGCGAUGAUGAACCGUUUGAGAGGACAGAACAGGCGAAGUACAGUGGUUCCCACGAUAUGAAUUUAAUGCCGUACCCGACAUACACUCGUGGAGUAAUAAUGGACCGACCAUUAUAUAUUAACAGGGGUUUGUCUUCAGAUCGUCCGGAGACCACAAAACGACCGAGGGCAGAAAUGCGCGACGAUGAAACGAGUAGCGCAUUCGUGGAAAUUACGUGGGCAGAUGUGAGCGUUGCCUUGGAUAAAGUAUUUUUCGUGUUUUUCGUUCUUAUUUUAAUAACUGACACGCUCUUCUUUAUGUUAAUGAUUUACCACAAUGUAACCCUAUAAAAGUGUAACAAUAAACGCAUUUUAUUGAAUGGUUCCAAACAAAAACAGAAAUUUGAAAGUAAGUAUGUAAUUAAAUAUGAUAUGUAAAAUAUAAUUUUAAAAUAUAAUUUUACAUUAUGGUGCUCAAUCUAGAAAAUUUACAUGAACAUUGAUAUGUUUCAUGUUGACACUAUCUUGUUGUUUUAUAUUUUAAAGUUUAGUUUAGAAAUAUGUUCAUGUAUAGCAAUUUUUACGCAACAGGAGGUCCAAUGCUAGCGAUUAGCUAUGGUGCACCUCAAUGGUAGUUUGCUGUUAUUUUCGUCAGAAUACUAUUUAUAAUAAAUUUUUAAAUGAAACAAUGUAGAUUUAUGUAUUAAUUUGAAUGAAUUGGAAACAUUCCUUU